AAGAGGCGGACUGGCCCAGCAGCCUAAUAAGCCUCUGCAGCUGGACCAGACAGUUUGCACCCUUCAUGAUGGUGAUGUCAAUAGAAAAACAUCGGAACUACAUGGGGAAAACAUAAGUGGAUUGUUGUGAAGGCUUCACCCCCCCAGAAGGGAGGCGAGCUCUGGACCGCCACUCCCCUCUCUCCCUCUCUCUCUCUGGGCAAGGGAAGCACGCCUCACUCUGGACCACUUUAGUCUCUCUUCAUAUGUCAAACUUCACCCCAUGGAGUCUUCAACCAACAGCCUGGAUGAUGUGUCGGUGGACGGAAGCGGGGAGUCUGCCGACCGAGCAUCCGUGAUGGAGACACGUCUUCAGGCUCAGGAGGAUGAGAUCACGCUGCUCAAGUCCUCAUUGGCAGACGCCCUGCGCAGGAUCCACCUGCAUGAGCAGCUCCUCCCUGUACUCACACAACAGCUCAUUGCAGUAAACCCUGCUGCUGCCAGAAUCAUCAACCAAGUCUGCUGCCAUGAUUCCAUCCAUGGAGGUCGCCAGCCUCGUAACAGCCAAUCGGCACAGAUUGUUGUGAGCAGUACAAAUGGUCACACACUGUCAGCAGAUCCCAGACCAGCCAGCGUUGACAGAUGCACGCAGACAGAAGCGAGCAGUACCGAGCUGGGUGGAGGCCAGAAGAGGAAGUUUUUAUCCAGGCAGAUGCAGAGCCUGCACCUGGAGGACGCCCUCCAACCAGGGGUGUCAGAAGAGAUGCGGGCCAGGCAGCACCGAGCCCCCGUUAUGGAGGACGAUGAGCUGGAGGAUGACGAGGACGAAAGAGGAGUUGGGGAGCAGGACAAGGAUUUGAGUUCGAUUUCAUCAGUGGAAGAGCCCAUUCGGGCUACUACCAUCAUCAGCCUCCAAGAUGGACAUGCUGGUCCCGCAGGUGCCGACUUUCCACCAGCUUUACACAGACGUUCAGAUCAGAACUCGGGCCCCUCGUCCAGUCCUCUGUCUCCUAUCCGAGAAGAGCAGAAGAAACCUCUCUUGAGAACCAAAAGCGAUUACCUGGUACUCCAGAAGAGGCAGAUAAAACAUCUGAAUAAGAAAGCCGUGUCUUCAGCCAACCUCCUGUGCCCAUCGCCAAACUUGGAGAAUCGUGCCAGGGAGCUUGUGGCCAAUUCAGGCUCCAGAAGAGGAACUUACAGUCAAGAACAGUCCAUCAAAAUGUUCAUCCGGGGCCGUCCCAUAACCAUGUACAUCCCUUCCAACAUCCAGAAUUACGAAGAGCUAAAGAUGGAACCGCCCUCCGAGAGACUGGAGCUGGACUGGAUCUAUGGUUACCGGGGGCGGGACUGUCGUGCCAACCUGUACUUCCUCCCGACGGGCGAGGCGGUCUACUUCACCUCUUGCGUCAUCGUCCUGUACCACAUCAACAAGCGCACACAACGUCACUACCGCAAGCACACUGACUGUGUUCGCUGUCUCACACUCCAUCCUGAUAAGGUGCGAAUAGCGUCGGGCCAAACAGCAGGCGUGGACAAAGAUGGCAAGACCGUGCAGCAGUGUGUUCAUAUUUGGGACUCGACAACUUUGGUAACCCUGCAGCAGAUCGGACUGGGAACUUUCCAUAAAGGAUUGGGAUCUGUUGCCUUUUCCACGAUGGAUUCUGGUGUUUUCCUUUGUGUGAUUGAUGACUCCAAUGAACACAUGUUGUCUGUAUGGGACUGCACCAAAGGCACCAAGCAAGCGGAGGUCAAGACCACUAACGAGGCAGUGUUUGCCGUUGAGUUCCACCCUGCUGACAGCACCAACAUCAUCACCUGUGGUAAAUCCCACGUCCACUUCUGGACUCUGAGCUCGGGCCAGUUUACCAAGAAGCAAGGCAUCUUUGGAAAAUACAAGAAGCCCAAGUUUAUCCAGUGCUUUGUGUUUAGCCUGACUGGUGAGGUUCUGACUGGAGAUUCGGAGGGAAACAUCCUGACAUGGGGCAAGUCUGCCGCAGAUAUCAAAACUCUUGGCAAAGGAGCCAAAGAAACCUUCCAGAUUAUGCGACAGACCAAAGCACACGAAGGGAGCGUGUUUACCCUAUUCAUUCUGCAGGGCGGUGCUGUGUUAAGUGGUGGGAGCAAAGACCACAAGAUCAUCCGCUGGAGCGCCGACCUUGCGCCCGAGCGAGAGUGUGAGAUUCCGGAGAACUUCGGUGCGGCCCGCACCAUUGCUGAUAUGGACGGCGAGGAACUGUUAGUGGGAACAACAAGAAACGCCAUCCUCAGAGGCACCUUCUCUGAGGGAUUUGUGGCCGUUGUGCAAGGUCAUGUGGACGAGAUGUGGGGACUGGCGACACAUCCUUCCAUCAACGUCUUCCUCUCCUGUGGCCAUGACAGGCAGGUGUGUGUAUGGAACACUGAGGAACACAAGCUGGACUGGUCCAUCACCCUCGAGGACUAUGGAUUGUGUGCUGAUUUCUGUCCAAAUGGAUCAGUGGUUUCAGUUGGCCUCAGCACAGGAAGAUGGGUGGUCCUGGACUUGCUGACGAGAGAGGUCAUCGCUGAUUUUGUUGACGGGAACGAGCAGCUGUCCGUCAUGAGGUAUUCCCCUGAUGGCAGCUGUCUGGCUGUGGGCUCACAUGACAACUUUAUCUACAUCUACAAUGUGACAGAAAAUGGUCGGCACUACACUCGCUUUGGGAGAUGCAAUGGCCACUCCAGCUUCAUAACUCACUUGGAUUGGUCCAAAGAUGGGGGGUACAUUAUGUCGAAUUCAGGCGACUACGAGAUCCUCUACUGGGACAUUGCUGCAGGCUGCAAAUUAUUGAGGAAUCGCUUUGAGAGCAAAGAUAGGGAAUGGGCCUCCUACACCUGCGUUCUGGGCUUCCAUGUCAUGGGUGUGUGGUUGGAGGGCUCUGACGGCACCGACAUAAACGCGCUGUGUCGCUCUCACAGCGAGAGCAUGGUGGCGGUGGCCGACGACUUCUGCAAAGUCCAUCUCUUCAAGUACCCUUGUCCCAAACCUAAGGCGCCCAGUCACAAGUACGAGGGCCACGGCAGCCAUGUCACCAACGUGCGCUUCACCCACAGCGACUCCCACCUGCUCUCCAUGGGUGGCAAGGACACGAGCAUUUUCCAAUGGAGGGUGAUCCGGCCGACCUCUGCCUCCUCCACCGCCUCCUCUGAACCUUCCAGCAGCAGCUAAAGAAUGACAGCAGCAAUUAAAAAGCAGAAGUAGAGCGGCAUACAUGAAACCAUUGGACAACUGUCACAUGUGGAGAAGGACUAACAUCUAUAUAAAAUGCUGGUGAAACUAAAACUAAAUGCAAAAUGUGACUAUUAAGAGAACAUUCCUGGGUUUUUAUAAUGCUCUGUGGUGGUGUAUGACACUGUAAUUGAUGUGGGUUUACUAUAUUGCUACUAUGUUGUAUGUGUUAAACUAUUUGUUGGCUGUAGGCUGCCUUUAUGCUUACAUCAGUGGUGUCCAAAGUGUGGCCCGGGCGUCAUUUUUGGCCCGCAGCCCGUUUGGCCCUCAGCACUUUCUGAAAAUAAAAUAAAUUCAUUAUCAAUGAGAUAUAUUA